AUGGGCAAGGACGUGAAGGCUCGCAAUCCCGGCAAUAUCGUUGUCGUCGGCGGCGGCAUCGUAGGAGUCUGCACGGCAUACUUCCUCGCCAUCAGUCCCCAUCGCCCGAAAGGAUCGACCAUCACUUUGGUCGAAGCGAACGCUGUAGCGUGUGCUGCGUCCGGCAAUGCAGGAGGGUUCCUCGCCAGAGACUGGCACCCGUCAGAGACUGCCAGCUUGUCUGCCAUGAGCUUCGAUCUGCACCGCAAGCUCGCGGAGCAGUUCAACGGAUCGAAGCAGUGGGGAUACCGUGCCGUCGACACGCUGUCCGUCACAAUCGACGCGGAGGAGAAGCCGUCGAAGGCCGUCCGCUCAUCCGUUCCCUGGCUCCCCGCCGAGCACCUGCACGCCGUCAAGGUUCUCGGAUCCAAGCAGACGACAGCGCAAGUGCAACCACGUGCGCUCGUCCGCUUCCUCGCUGAGCGCUUCCUGCGCGAGCCAAACUGUUCCCUCGUACUCGGAACUGUGAUUGCGCUCAGCUUGCAAGGCGGCUCGCCAUCCUCUAUCCUCAUCUCGGCGCAGGAAGGCAAGGGCGAGGACCGGAUAUUGGAGUGCGACACUGUCGUUCUCUCUCCUGGGCCCUGGCUCGGCCGCCUGGCGCGCGAACUGUUGCCUUCCUCGUCGGCGCGCAGCCUCGCCUGCGGCGGACAGAAGGCGCACACGAUGAUCAUCCGCACCCGCGAGCCGACAACACCGCACUGUCUCUUCAUCGACUUGACGCUGCAAGACGGCUCGCGGUCCGAACCUGAAGUCUACCCGCGCGCGGACGGGACGGCGGUGAUCUGCGGCGGGUCAACAGAGACGCCUCUGCCCGCGUCCUCACACCAGGUCGAGCCAGAGCAAGCGCAGCUGGACAAGUUGCGCUCACAAGCCAACGCCAUCUCGCCGACUCUCCGCGACGGCGUCGUCGAGACCGAGUGCGCCUGCUACCUUCCCAUAAGCGACCGCGGCCGCCCCAUCAUCGGCAAGGUCAAGGGUGUCGAGGGCGUGUAUGUCGGCGGCGGCCUCAGCUGCUGGGGCAUCACGCAAGGACCCGGCACCGGUCUCGUCCUCUCCGAAAUGAUUCUCGAGGGCAAGGCCAAGACGGCUGACGUCAGUCGCCUGGCCCCGUGA